AUGGGCAUCCUGUGUUUAAUUUUUUGUCUCUUUCUGGUGCUUCCCAGUGGUCAUGGAUUCUGUUUUUCUACAUUUGGAAGAGUAGAUGUAACAGCAACUGGACGCAGGGUUCCAGUAUGUGAAUUCAAUGGUAUUGACUUUCUAGAUGGCUCAAAGUUCACAACAACAGGUUGUAACGAGUGUGAAUGCAAAAAGGGUCAUUUACAUUGCUGUGGCAUUGGUACAAACGCUGGUGUAAUAACACCUCGUCCAAACUGCAAAAUUCUGAAGGACGGUUGUAUAGCAAGAGAGGUUAGGAUAUCUGACGAAACACUUGACUGUGUUACCGGAAAGCCUUAUCGAAACGAUACUGGUGAAGUUACAUUUCCAACAGGCGCCACACCUAUACAAACAGAUACUCCCAAACCAACUGACACGAUAGGAGGUGUAGCUGUAGGACAUAUACCUCAUCCAAGCCUCUCCAAACCCACUGUUAAUUCUAUUCCCAACGACGUGGCAACUUUGGAGAAUAUCUUCAAUACUAUCGCUAACAAUGCCCAGAAGGGAAAACGUACUUCCUUUGAUGACCUUCUUCGUGACUUUUCGUCCAGAAAAUUUCCAAUACAAUCCAAUGUUGUGUAUCCUAAACUUCCGAACUAUCCACAGAAUCCACUAAAUCCAUACACAAGCUCAUUCCAGCUGUUUGACCCAUACACAACUAACGACGCCAUGUCAAACUGGCUAAUGUACAAUGGAAUCAUGGAUGGUGGUUUUUAGAUCACAAUAAUAACACAGGAAAAUUUAAACCAAGCUGGACUGAAUAUAUUCUGAGAUGCCGACCAAUAAAAGACAACCUGCAGCUGGAUAGAUCUGUAAGACUCUAAAGACUUGUUAUUUUGUUUAUGUACAUGUGCAUGUGUUUUAAAUAAAAUAUAAAGAAAUAUAUGGUUGAGUGGUAAGAUUGAAUUGUUCUCAUGUGAAUAAAAACGAAACAU